UUAAACUCAUUUUCUUCAUUGUUUUUGUUUUUUUAUCAAAAGCCCACUAUCCUCACCCAGUUGAAUUAUAGCCUCCGUAGUCAUCCAUUCCGCCAGAAUUUUUAGUUUUGAAUCACUGACAAGUGAGGAGUUCCUCUUGGAUGGUGAUUCUGCUGCUGCGUUUGAACCUUUUUUCUUUUUCUCGAUUUUUCAUAAGAUGAUUUACAUUGCAAAAACUGAUGGUUAUUAUUGUUGUUGUUUCUUCUUCGACUUCUCUCUUUUUUUCCUUCUUUUUUGGGGCAUGAUGGCGACUACGGUAAAGAAUUUCCAUCAAUUGUAUCUUCUCGAAUACUGUGAAAUUUGGAAUGUCAAUAUAUCGGUUACUGCUCUUUCUUUCUGUAGCAUAUUGCUGGUACUGAAGGUUACUGGAAGUAAAUGGUGAAACGUAAAAUAGUUCUACUUAAUUUAGAUUAUGUUACGUUUGUUUUGUGUAAUUCUAUUCGGAUUAUGAAGCUAAUCUUUUGAAGGCACUGAAUAUUCUAACUUGAUCCCGUGUAAAACAGUGUACAAAUGGGAAGCAACGAGGGGAAGCUUAGUCAAGUGAAAGCCCAUUGGACACCUGAAAAUCAUGAAUUGUUCAUCAGACUUGUGCCUUGAACGGAUGUCCUUAGGAACUAGACCUCGUACACAUUUUACUACAAAAGGUUGGAAAAAUCUUAUGGAUGCAUUUUACCCCAUAACAGGCCUGAAAUAUGAUAGGAUUCAGCUGAAGAAUCACUGGGAUAUCACCAAGAAAAAUUGGAAUAUCUGGCAUAAGCUUAUUUCUAGUGAUAGUUUGAGAUGGGAUCCAGCCACCCAAAUUGGUGCCAGUGAAGAAGGAUGGGGGGAAUAUCUACGGGAAAAUCCAGAGGCUGCACAAUUUCGACAUAAGGAGCUCCUAUUUGCUGACAAGUUGGACAUUGUCUUUGGUGGAACCUCAGAUUCUGUUGUCAGAGAAAGACCUCCACAUGGGAAAAGGAUCAAUUGUUUUACUGGUGCAGAGCCUGCUACUCGUCAUAGGAAACACAACUAUGCAGCUGAAAAAGAACCUCCCGUACGAACUGGAAAACAGACCAACACUUUGUUACCCGUAGCAGAGCCAAUUGGUGCAAGGCCUGAUGGUAAUAUUGAGCGUUGUUAUGAUGCUGUUGAAUCAAUGAGUGCUAUUAUGGUUCAAUCUCCCCCACUGAAAUUCUGCUAUAGUAUUGAGGAAUGCAUCAAGUGUCUCGAUUCAAUUGAAGAACUAGAACAAGGAAGUGAACUAUACUUGUUUGCUUUGGAUAUAUUUCUGAAGAAGGAAUACAGGGAAAUUUUCCUUAACUUGAAGAAGCCCAGCACAAGGAUUGCAUGGUUGGAAAGACUCCAGUCCAUUGGUCCAUCAUUGUAGGUAAGUCCCCAGUUGGGAAUAGGAUAUGACUCUUCUUUGUACAGAAUGGUAGCGAUUCCUGACAAGGGAGCUAAUUUUUCUUUUCUGCUCACUGAGAAUAGCGUAGGAGUUCUCUCAUAAUGAAAGUAAAUUGUUUCCUUCAUAGUUUGUGACCCGUCGGUACAUUGUAGGAUAACUUUUUUUGGAAAAUUUUCAUGCUUGGAAACCUUUCUGCACCACAUUGACAUGGGAUAUGUGCUGAGCACCAUGUUCUCUACCUUUCUACCAAAUACCAGUUGCUGAGUUCUUGCGUCCAUAAUAUCAAAGGAAGGUGGUAAAUGAUGCUGAGAUUGAAGCAUCAGAGGCCAUUCUUGGUGCAUGGAACAGCUUGUUCACCUGACUUCUAAGGCCAAAUAUAACCUGUUUGAGAAACUGGGGAAAAAAGAAAAAGAAAGUGACUUUUCAACUUAUAGCUAAAUUUGAGUUUUUUCUCAUAUGUUCUGUAGCAGUGAUUCUAUUUUCAUUCUCCUAAACGAAACCAAAAUA